AUGGUGGGAAAAUAUUUACCCACUGUGAUAAAGUUCAUCAAGACAGAGUACACACUUCCAACCGACCAGCUCCGCAUCAUCCUCGAUAUUAUAUCCAACCAGUCCUCUGUGUCCGCAACACGUUCACCUCUUAAUGAUCUUGACGAACUCUAUCUCAUGGUAUUGCGUGCCAACCCUGACCGCGAUAAGCGUCUCCUCCCCAUUCUCGCAAUAAUCGUCCUAAAUUUACCCAAUGGCAAAUCUCCAGCAUUCAUUGAACUCGUGCUCGGACACUCCCCCGGCACGGUUGCUCAGACGUUACGUGCGAUGCACUCAGUCCUCGAAGUCCGUGAUCGGAAAGAUGAAAUCAGGAUUUACCACAAAUCCUUCAUGGAUUUCCUCCAUGAUCAGGCACGGUCGAAGGAGUUCUUUAUUGACAAGCCGAUGUGGAAAGACCGCCUGGCCUCUGACUCAUUGUUUUUACAGAAGCUGGUAAAAGACUGGAAGCAUGUCUGUCUUCGGCGAGUGAGUCAUAAGAGACGCAAGAGACGUAGUAAUGUGCUGUGGUUGGAGGUGGAUGCUUUCUACCAUAUGGUGUUGUCCAUUUCUGCGGAGUUAGUGGGCCACGACAUGCUCCUUCACAUCCUUGCAGCGAUUCUACUCUUUCCAUCUGGUGAAUCACGCUCUCCCGAGUUCAUCCAACUAUUGCUUGGACUUCGCAGGGAAGUUUUAGAUCAGGCAUUGCAAACAUUCAAAUUCAUUCUGCAGCGACAGUUGUAUGCGUCGAGUCUUUCCGUUCCUGGCACCCUUUCCACAUUCCUACUUCACCGAAAACAGUGA